AUGUGUGAAAUGGAUUAUUGGUUUAAACAAGUUGAUUAUGAUCAAUUAACAAAUUUUAUAAAAGAAUUUUCAUCAUCAUUUAGAUGUUUAUCACUUGAUUGGAGUGAUAUAAGAUAUCAAAAGACAUACAACUUUCCAUUGAAUCCCAUAAAACUGAAAGAAGUUUUAGAAGUAAUGAUAAAUCUUCAGAAAUUUCAUCUUUUUAUUUAUAUAUCUGGUAAUACAGAUGAUAAUGAUGUCAUUUUAUCGAAAUUUAAUGAUCUAUUUUGGUCGGAUCAUAAUUUGUCAUUUGGAAUGGAUGGAGAUUUUUUCUUUACAUUACCAUUUCAAUUUGAUUAUUUUCCAAACAUUUACAGAGCUUAG